AUGGCCAACAUCUCAUCUCAAAUCAUUGCGUCUCUAGGCGCCAUCUUGCUGGGUAUCGUUUCCCGUAAGCUUCUGCAGAUCGGGAGUCGGCCAGCGGACCUUCCCCCAGGACCUCCAGCCAUACCCAUCCUAGGCAACCUCCAUCUGAUGCCUGAUCAUGAUGUCAACUUGCAGUUCCAGAAGUGGGCGCAACAGUAUGGCCCGGUAUACAGCCUAAUGCUGGGAACGAAAACUAUGAUUAUUCUCUCGAAUAACCGAGCAAUCAAGAAAGUCUUGGACAAGAAAAGCGCUAUAAGCAACGACAGAAUGGAGAUUUACAUAGGUCAAAAGAUAGCCAGUAGGGGUCUAAGAGUCUUGAUGAUGGGAUACGGACAAACUUGGAGGAUGGUUCGGCGGAUCAUGUACGAUUACGACGCGGCCGUCAACCCGGACGUCUCGCAACGCGACCAGUUUGCGUUCGGGGCCGGGCGGCGGAUCUGCCCCGGUAUCCACGUGGCGGACCGGAGUCUCUACCUCAGCAUCUCGAGGCUGCUGUGGGCGUUUGAUUUCAAGAGGCCGCUUGAUAGCAACGGCAAAGACGUCGUUCCGGACCCUACACAAGUCACUCAGGGCUUCCUGGCCUCGCCACCGCCCUUCAAAGCUGUCAUCACGCCCCGAGACGCAGACCGCGCAAAAAUUAUCCGUCACGACUGGGAGACAGCGAAGCGGGAUGAUCUCGACCCAGAGACAUUGCAAUGGAAGGUUAGACAGUAG